CGGGGCCACGAAAAGGGAGGAGGAGGAAGAGGAAGAGGAAAGGCCGGGCGGCAGAGGCAGUAGGUUGUGCGGCGACGGCGGCUCUCCUCCCGGUGGACGAUGGACAGCCAAGGCAGGAAAGUGGUGGUGUGCGACAACGGCACGGGGUUUGUGAAGUGUGGCUAUGCGGGCUCUAACUUCCCUGAGCACAUCUUCCCAGCUUUGGUUGGAAGACCUAUUAUCAGAUCAACCACCAAAGUGGGAAACAUUGAAAUCAAGAAUAACAAAAAGAUGGACCUCAUGGUCGGAGAUGAGGCAAGCGAAUUGCGCUCGAUGUUAGAAGUGAACUACCCCAUGGAAAACGGCAUCGUCCGAAACUGGGAUGACAUGAAGCACCUGUGGGACUACACAUUUGGGCCCGAGAAACUUAACAUAGAUACCCGAAACUGUAAAAUCUUACUCACAGAACCUCCUAUGAACCCAACGAAAAACAGAGAGAAGAUUGUGGAGGUCAUGUUUGAAACUUACCAGUUUUCUGGUGUGUAUGUGGCUAUCCAGGCGGUUUUGACUCUGUAUGCUCAAGGCUUGCUGACUGGUGUAGUGGUGGACUCUGGAGAUGGCGUCACUCACAUCUGUCCGGUGUAUGAAGGCUUUUCUCUCCCUCACCUUACCCGGAGACUUGAUAUUGCUGGGAGGGAUAUCACCAGAUACCUUAUCAAGCUGCUUCUGUUGCGAGGAUAUGCCUUCAACCACUCGGCUGAUUUUGAAACCGUUCGCAUGAUUAAAGAAAAACUGUGUUACGUGGGCUAUAAUAUUGAGCAGGAGCAGAAGCUGGCCUUAGAAACCACAGUAUUAGUGGAGUCUUACACACUCCCAGAUGGCCGCAUUAUCAAAGUUGGGGGAGAGAGAUUUGAAGCACCGGAAGCUUUAUUCCAGCCUCACUUGAUCAAUGUAGAAGGAGUGGGUGUUGCUGAAUUGCUCUUUAACACCAUUCAGGCGGCUGACAUCGACACCAGGUCUGAAUUCUAUAAGCACAUUGUGCUUUCUGGGGGAUCGACUAUGUACCCUGGGCUGCCUUCCCGGCUGGAACGGGAGCUUAAACAGCUUUACUUGGAGCGCGUUCUGAAGGGAGAUGUGGAAAAGCUUUCCAAAUUCAAGAUCCGCAUUGAGGACCCCCCUCGCAGGAAGCACAUGGUGUUCCUGGGUGGCGCCGUCCUAGCUGACAUCAUGAAAGAUAAAGACAACUUUUGGAUGACCCGGCAAGAAUACCAGGAAAAGGGGGUCCGUGUGCUCGAGAAGCUUGGUGUGACGGUCCGAUAAACCCCAGGGCCUGUCACCCAUUGCCCCCCCACCCCCUGCCCCCACAGCUUUCUGGUUUCCUUCAGUGCCCAUUUCUGACGGCCUUCAGCUCUGCGACCUGGAACCGGCCUCCCCGUACCCUGCCUGUGUCUUAUGGCUGCAAAGGUUUCUCUCGGGCCUGUUCAGUGGGUAAAUCCGACUGUUGAAUCAAACCCCUGGCCUCCAGACAAAACCCAGGGCCGAGAGUCAGUCUGCGGCUUUGUUUCUCCGUCCUUCAGCUUUAGAGCCUUCCUGUAGGCUUCCCGUGUGCUCGCUGCGCUGCCUCCUCUUAGUCUUGGGUGCACUCGGUGGUGUAUGCCUUUGUUAGCAUCAAAAACCCUAAGGGCGCUUUUACAGGUUACUAGGAAGGGGGAGUUGGGAUGGGGCGAGCAGUGCAGCCUGUGAACCCUGUCCAGCGUUCUCUGAAUGUAGUGUGCUCUUGGAGCCGUGACUGCCGCUUCCUUAGAGCCUCCCCAUAGUCACGUCAUCAGAGGGGGGCUGUUGGGCUCAGACCUGAAUGUUGG